AUGGCUGAACUGAAUGCUGCGCUGUGAGGGAGGUAGUGUGUAAUUACCUCCCAAUGAGAGAGAAGCAGCAGCAGCGGCAUACUGCUUCCCUUUCCACUGCUGCCCCCACCCUCCCAUCUUAUCUCUGUGCCAAUGGCUUCAACAUGGCAGACAGGCUCACCCCACCUCCCCCCUCUGCCAUCCCGAUCCCAGCCUCCACACUUUCACUGUUUGUCCAGUAAAGUGAAUGCUGAGCACAGAGAGAAACAGAGAGUUUGCAGCUUAGGAGUGGUUCAGCUCUGCUGCUUUAGCUCUUCACCAGUGCAUUGAAUGUGCUCCUUAAAAUAGAAACAGUCAUAUUAAUUAAAUGUGGAAGUAUUAAGCUUUUAACCUGGUAUUACCCCAGUGGUUACUUAUGGACAUAACAAUCAGUAUUAACCGAGAUGUUAAUGGCCAUAAGGAGAGUGAUCAACUCAGGCAUCGAUGCUAGCUAGUUACCAUAACUGGUGGGGAUCAUCACUAAUGCAUACGAUGCAGGAGAAUAAGAGCAUUACCGGUAAUGGGGAUGAUAUUAGUGGUCAUCAUGUGCAUUACCGCUAUAGUAAUGGCUAUUGGCAGAAAUAGGGACAACAUUGAGUGAAAGCAACAAAUAACACUAACUGAAAAACAAAAACAACUGACCUCGUUUACCUUUCAGGUCAACAGGAGAGAAGGCGCUACAGUUAUCUCUAAUGGCUACCAGGAAAUGCUAUCGGAACUGUGGAGUGGGUCGCUACAUCAUAGAGGUAGGGUGGGGCUGGGGCAUGUGUCUCUCAGCUCUGUGUGGAUAUAUAGUUUCCCAGUGGCUAUGUAAACCCUGCUUUAUUGAGAACCUUAAAUUAGAAUAAAUUCUCUCUGUAAUGCUGGGCUAUGCUGCUUUGAAAAAUAGGAAGGAGCAAGAUGAAAAAAUAGUAGGCAAAUCCAGUUAAAUAUAACAUUACUAACUAAACGUGAUACAUAAUGAAAGGUCAAUUUACUGUAACCAUAGAGAGUGAACUAUACAGAAUGUACAUUUUCUUUAACUAUGGACCAGCAGUCUGUUAUUAUGUCAGGAGUUAGGGUGUGUCAGCCAAAUCAGGGCAGCGCUCUGGCUGCUGCCACAGUCCCUCAUCAUCUCUGAUCCGCUCUGUCUCUGUGUGUGGUUAGAGCUCCCCUGCUGGCCAUGAGAGGGCUUACAGCUCUUCACACUGCAAUAUUUCACGUGGUUGUAAAUGUCAGUCCCAGUUCUACCACCAACAUCUGUUUUUGAUGAUGGUGCAGUAUUUCAAAAGCUUACCUUUGUUCUCUGUGUCCCUCUGUGGUGGUCAGCUACUGAAGACCCAGUCUGUGUGUGGAGCCUACGAUGCGUUCCUCGCUCACUUCUUCUCAUGCUGAGGACUCACUGACGAUGCCCUGCUCAACGACAAGUUCCGGUACUGAAACACAUCACCACCACCACCAGUGAGCCACCUCACAUUAACCACACAGGGAGCUCAGUACAGGCCAUAUCAAUGAAUCAAGCCUUACCAUGUCCUCUCUCCUCUCGUUCUCCAGAGUCAGAGAGCCUUAACCCAGGGUUUUCCUUGAUGCUGCCGGAGCUCGAGCUGGAGGUGGAGAUGGCGUGAGUUGAGCACCCAGCAUGGUGCUCUCCCGCUGUGUCCAUACAGACCUCCCCUGGUUAACAUUGUUUCUUAGAGCAGAGAGUAUAUAACGUAACACAUAGGUUACACAGCAAUGUCUCAGUAUUAUUACUGGCUUUUUUUUGCCUCUUGCCAGGAUGUCAUUGUAAAUAAGAAUUUGUUCUUAAUUGACCUGCCUGGUAAAAUAAAAGUGAAAUAAAAAGUGUUUCUCUAUGUACACUGAGAGAGUGUCAUCAUAACAUAAGACCACAUAUUAUGAUGUGCCCUGCUUGUCAGGGUUGUGCCCUGUCAGAUGCUAAUUGUUGUGUCUUUAUCUCUGUCAGGAGGACUAAGGCCCUGGCAGCCUAUCAGCAGCAGGCAGUGUGUGUGACAAGGCUGGUCAGAGAGGUCAAGACCCUUAGAGAACAGGUGAGACUAACCAGCCACACCUAAUAAGAGGAUAUUUUAUGGAAUAUAAAGCCUUGCUAGAUAACUGUACAUUCAAUACAUUUGUGUUAAAACAUUCAGCUGGAGUUACAGAGGAGAGAAGUGGACAACCUAAACAAUGAGUUGGACAAGGAGAGAGAGCGACGGCACAGAGUAGGUCUGUUUCACAACGGUUUCUUGAUCACGGUAGUGUGUGUCUGUCAGUGUCAGGCCCUACUUACAGUAGUUGUGAUCAGACUUAUCCACAAUGCUGUAUAGAAUUCUAAGGUAUUCAUUCAUGUGUUCUGUUUAUGUGUAUAGAACAGCAGUUCUUAGAGUAUAAACUAAGGAAGAAAUGA